ACGUAACGCGGCCUCGUCCAUGGUGGUCACGUGAUGUUUGGCGUGUGCCAUAACAUCUAGCAGCUGGUGUCGGGUAGUCUGCUUCCAGUGUAACAUCACUAGCUAGCACAUACAAACGUAAUGGAUUUCAACGUGAAGAAAUUAGCCUCCGGUGCUGGAGUGUUUUUCACACGAGCUGUCCAGUUCACAGAGGAGAAGUUUGGCCAGGCGGAGAAGACUGAGUUGGACGCUCACUUUGAGAACCUGAUGAGCCGCGCAGACUGCACCAAACACUGGACUGAGAAAAUAUACAGACAGACUGAGGUCCUGCUGCAGCCCAACCCAAUUGAUCAUACUGGUGCCAGAAUUGAGGAGUUUCUCUAUGAAAAGCUGGACAGGAAGGCACCAUCCAGAAUUAGCAAUGGAGAGCUGCUGGGUCAAUAUAUGCAGGAUGCAGCAAAGGAAUUUGGUCCUGGAACUCCAUAUGGGAGUACAUUGAUUGAGGUGGGGGAAUGUGAGAGAAGAUUAGGAGCAGCAGAGAGGGAGUUCCUCCAGACGUCAGCCAUCAGCUUUCUUACCCCCCUCAGGAACUUUCUGGAAGGAGACUGGAAGACCAUUUCAAAAGAACGCCGUCUUUUGGAGAAUCUUCGCCUCGACCUGGAUGCCUGUAAAACACGUCUGAAGAAGGCCAAGGUGGCUGAGGCUAAGGCUGCGUGCGAGGGUGAAAUGGCUCCAGAUUUUCAGGAGACCAGACCCCGCAACUAUGUGCUUUCUGCCAGUGCCUCUGCGCUCUGGAGUGAGGAAGUGGAAAAAGCUGAACAUGAGCUCCGAGUGGCCCAAACAGAGUUUGACCGCCAAGCAGAGGUUACUCGGCUACUUUUGGAGGGCAUCAGUAGUACACAUGUGAACCACUUACGCUGCCUGCAUGAGUUUGUGGAGGCCCAGGCAGCUUACUAUAAGCAGUGUCAUCUCCACAUGCAAGAACUACAGAAAGAGCUGGGAAGGCUUCCCAAUGCCUUUGCACUGAACUCCACUCACUCCAUGGCUACUGCUGGCUCGGCAUCAGAAGGCAUCAGCAGCCCUGUGGAGACAGACACACUGAAGAUUGAGGAAGUUCAGGCACCAGCUACAGGAACCCGCAAGGCCAAAGUCCUUUAUGAUUAUGAUGCUGCUGACUCCAGUGAGCUCUCUCUUUUAGCUGAUGAGCUCAUUACAGUUUACACAGUGCCAGGAAUGGACUCUGACUGGCUGAUUGGAGAGAGAGGAAACCAGAAAGGAAAAGUGCCUGUCACAUACUUGGAGCUUCUCAGCUAAAGAACACACACACACACACACACACACACACGUGCAUGUGUGUGAGAGGGUACUACUAAAGCCAUGAGGAUAUUUCAUUCACUUAAUUCUAAUUAAUUUCACACUCUUACACUAACCUGUAACCUCCAAUAGUACUCCUCCACAGUAAGCAUUAGCAAACGUGUUCAGUUAAACACACACACACACACACACACACACUAUGUGUGCUUCUCAGAACACACUGAAGUAUAUUCACAUGACGCUGACAGCAGUGAUAAUGGAGACAUUGUUAAAAUGAGUACAGGAAAAUCCCCACAGGGGAUGGUUAACAUUCCUUUUUGAUUUUCUUUUUUCCCCCCUAUUUAUUUCCUAUUAAUGUUGUGCAUCCCAAAGGUUCAGGUAGACCUUUCCAUUGUUGGAUGAAGUUUAGCUGUGACAAACUGUGAACUCUGAUGGAAACAAAUUCAAGAGUUGUGUUGCCUCUAAAAUAUGAAUUCCACCAUGAUGUCCAGAAAUACUUUGCAUAUUUCUGUUUAAUUCUGUAUCAAGGUUAGAAGUGUAUGGAUGCAUGGUCUCUGAGUGAAGAAAUGUUUGAGUUUGUCUUCAGAAGGCAGCAGUAGAGAUAAAAACAUGAAAUAACUUUCAUUCUCCCGGUUGAAUGACUUAAUGUCAUUCAAGUUCAUCUCUGUAUGACAGACACUCCUCAAUGAAGAAGAAGUGAAAACAAAUGUAAGCAGGCAGUGGAUCAUUGUGACCACAUCAUGACAAAAGGGUCAUUAUGUUGUGUUGACAUAUCAGAUUUCCUGUAAGUACCAGGUAUGGACAAGGAAAACGAUUUAUACCACUUUGUGGUUUUUAAAAACCUUAUGGUUUUCCCCUUUCUUCCAAUACAACACGAACAGAAUUGCAUUUCUUGUGUGUUGUAUUUUUUUUUUUAAUCCAGGACACUAUGACAAACAUGCACACAACUUGCACUAUAAUAACUAUAAAACAGCAAAUAAAGUUUUUCAUGGAUGUUUUAUCAUCCUUAAAGGUGGGGUAGGCUACAUGAUUCUGGAAAAAUCCAAUACCAUGACAAAAGGGGCAAAAAAGCUGCUGUACAACCUGAGGUGCAUACCUGAUAUUAUUGGAUGGAUGCAGAGUUCAUUCGAUGCUUUUGCACUCAGAAAUAAUAAAGGGAGGACACAUUACAUCAGAUUUUCAGGCUGAAAAUCCUGAAAAUAUAUAGAGCGAACAACGACACAGCAAGUAAUGUAACUAACGUUAGCCAUUUUGUGGGUUAGCUUAGCUAGGUUGUGGGUUAGCAAACUGUUGCUACAGUUGCUGCUGCGAAGCUAACAGCCAGAGAGGACGAGACGGUUUCCCAGAGCCAGCACAGCAGCUCCAGACAGCGAUACUCACAACUCUCCUGCUACUAUAUUAUAAAAAGUAUGGUCUAGACCUGCUCUAUAGGAAAAGUGCAUCAUCAUGUGCAUGAGAUAAUUUCUGUUAUGAAUUGGCACUAUAUAAAUACAAUUAAAUUGAAUUAUAGCAAACAUCACAACAACAGCAUAUCUUGGCAAACUAGAAAGUGAGCUGAAUGUCCGUGGGCAAGUCAUUUAAUGUUACCUGACACACAACAUUGCUGGAAUAGUGCUGUGUGGCUCGGUCUGAGCCACUUUGUUUCUCAUUUACAGAGCCAGGGCUGUGUACAUUUUUUCAGAGCACACACAGAACAGACAGCUAGUGGACUGUGAGUAGAUAUUCGCAGAAUUUGACACCUGUGUAUUGGAUUAGAAUCGCAUACUCCACCUUUAACUCUUGGGAAGCAGAUUAGCCCUAACUGCUAAUUGAAAUCAAUGUAAUUCCUGUGUUAUUUUAAGUGAAAAUAACAUUUUGUGGACAUUUGGGUGGAACAUAACUAGCAACAGUUUUGCUUGAUUGAGUCAUUGCAGUCACGUUUUGAUUAGACUUUCCCAUAUGGGCUUUUUGCCUCACGCUUUCCACACCACUGUAUGUCCCUUUAAACAAUAUGAACACCUGUGCAACAAAUAAACAUGACCACGCCCAUCCUAACUGCCUUAAGAUGAUGGGAAGGAACUGCUAAGGCCAUUUUCUGCGAAGAGAAUGUGCUCUUCACAACAAAAUGUCCAGAGACUUAAUGUACACCACAUAUGGCAUGCAAGACUGUAACUCCUUCUAAUCUUGUGUGUUUGUGUGACUUUGGUUUGCCCUUGAGUGUUUUGAAUUUACAACGUUCCUUUGUUGCUGUUUUGUCUGUUAAUACUUUAAAGUGUCUUCAGUUUUAGUGCUGCAUGUGCUACAGCUAGUAGCUUGUCCUGCUGGACAUGUGAGUGUAUAUACACGAGUAUAUGAUGUAGCUAAAUCUGUUUGUUUGAGAUCUGGAGCACCAAAAUGUUAGCACAAAAACUAAUGUGCUUUCUCAUCCAGGUUGUGUACAUGCGUGCACUCAACUAUUUAUUUUUUUUUACCAGCCUGGUCUCAUGAGUUUUUGUGAAAUGAGCACAAUGUUUGAAAAUGUAAAGAUCUGCCAUCAGAGAAGUGAAAUUAACCCGAAAAUCUCAAGCAAAUUGUUUUCUUACCUGCAGUCAGUGAGAUAGGUGAGAAUGGGGUCUAACAAUUCUUGUUGGCAGACUAAUGUAAUCCACAUGUAUCCUGCACUGCUCACUGCUCUUGUGCUCAUUUCACAAAUUUUGGGGGUAUUUUUCUUUUCAAAAAUGUUUUCUUACUUGUGCUGUUGUGAUUCUGUUGUACCUCAUCUUGUAUUAUUAGUUUGUCAAAAUAUAUAUUGCCUGUUCCUUAACCAUGCUGGAUGAAAUGUAUGGGAUUUAAUAAAAAGUCAGAUUUA